UGCAGCCUCCCUGCAAACACACAGCAGUCGCAGCGAUGAAACUCUUAGUGCUCGUCGCCUCGCUGGGCGUGCUGGCGCACGCUAGGCCGGAGGCCGGCUACUCCUAUCCGAGUCCGCCCGGGGCGUCGUACGGAGCUCCCGGAGCCGGCGGCGGCGGCGGCUUCGGCGGUGGCCACGGAGGCGGCUUCGGCGGCGGCGGCUUCGGUGGCGGAGCGAUAGGCGGCGGCUCCAUCGGCGGAAUCGGAGGCGGCGGCAUCGGAGGCGGUGGCAUCGGAGGCGGCGGCAUCGGAGGCGGCGGAUUCGGCGACGGCGGCCUGGGAGGCGGCUUCGGCGGCGGCGCCAUCGGAGGCGGCGGCGGCGGCGGCUUCGGAGGCGGCGUCGGCGGCGGCUUCGGUGGCGGAGCCGGCGGCGGCUUCGGCGGCGGCGCCGGAGGCGGCUUCGGUGGCGGCGCCGGAGGCGGUGCCCUCAUCCAGAAGCACAUCUACGUGCACGUGCCACCCCCAGAGCCCGAAGAGGUGCGUCCCCAGAGGCCCAUCCUGCCCGCCGCGCCCCCACAGAAGCACUACAAGAUCAUCUUCAUCAAGGCCCCCACCCCUCCCACCCCCACCGCCCCCGUCAUCCCCGCCCUGCCCGGCCAGGACGAGCAGAAGACCCUCAUCUAUGUGCUGGUCAAGAAGCCCGAGGAAGCUCCCGAAAUCACCAUCCCGACACCCGCACCCACCCAGCCGUCCAAGCCCGAGGUAUACUUCAUCCGCUACAAGACCCAGAAGGAAGCCGGAGGCAUCGGCGGCGGCAUCGGCGGCGGCAUCGGUGGAGGUGCUGGCAUCGGUGGAGGCAUCGGAGGCGGAAUCGGCGGCGGAAUCGGCGGCGGAGUCGGAGGCGGAAUCGGCGGCAUCGGCGGAGGCAUCGGAGGCAUCGGAGGCGGAUUGUCCGACAUCGGCGCCACUGGAGGUGGAGUCACCGGCAUCGGAGGCGGAAUCGGCGGCGGCGGCAUCGGCGGCGGCAUCGGCGGUGGCAUCGGAGGCGGCAUCGGAGGCGGCAAGCCGUCCAGCAGCUACGGCCCCCCCGGCCACACGAGCGGCGGCCCCUCCGGCCACUACUAACCGCCCCCGCGCCCGCCCCCGGGUUCGCCCCCGCGCCAGCGAGCCCCUCGCAGUGCCGCAGCGGCUCGCUGCUUCCAUCCUGUGUCGACCCGCUCCCAGCACGGACACUGUUCUAGGACGAUUCGGAACGUUGAUGUUUUCCUGGCAACUUACGGGUAGAACGGCACUAUACGGUGAUUUCUCAUGGUCCUCUUCAUCUUAUUUUAUUUCGUACUGCUGCGUCGUUUUGUAUUAUUUUAUUUUACGUGUAAGUCCUACAGCGUUGUAAUGUAUGCGUGUGUGUGUAGUACAAUGUCUACAUUUUAUAUGCGUUUUUUGUACGAUAUUUUGUAUAUAUAACGAUUUUUGCAAGAAAACGGUGGCAAUAAAUGUAUUAGCCUAAA